AUGGCAAGGAGUGCAACAGUGACCAAGACGAAAACGGCAACUAAGGAGGCCAACACCAAGACACGGGCUAAGAAGAGCGCUGAUGGCGAGGAGAAAAAGAAACGCGAGCCUUCCGCGUACAACAUCUUCGUGAAGGAACACCUGAAAGAGUGGAUUGCCAACAACCCUGACGCGGAUAAGGGACUUGGAAUGAAAGCUGUUGCUGCAAUGUGGCGCGAUGCCCCAGAGAAUCCCAAGCGGGGUCAAGCCCCAGCCGAACGCGCCCCCAGAAAAAAGAAGGAGCCCAAGGCAAAGGCUGAGAAGAAGGCAAAGCCCAAGGCAAGGAAAAAGAAGGACUCGGAUGAUGAUGACGACGACGACGCGGGCGAUGAUGAUGAGGAGGAAGCUGGCGACGACGACGAAUGA